CCGCGCAUGCCCACUGCGGCGACGCCGCGGCUUCCAUGUGUGUGCGGCGCAUUAUUUGGCAACUGAGGCGGCAGCAGGGGAGGGCUGAGGAGAGAGAGAGGGUAUCCCCGGGAUUUUUUUCUAAACCGAAUUAUCGGAGUUAAUUGUCAUCCAAAAUCGCAAGGAAGGUGUCCGGAGGAGAGGAUCGAUGUCACAUCGACUCACAGGGGCAGCCGUGAUGUCGGAGGACGCUGUGCGCCGCACACGCAGCCAGAAGAGGGCGCUAGAGAGGGACUCGCUCUCCUCUCCCACCACCAGCCCCACUGCCGCUGCCCCCGAGGCGGAGGGCAAGAGGGCGCGACUGGAGGACGCCAUGGAGUCGGCGGGGCAGGAGGAGUGGGCAGAGCGGGCAGAGCGGGCCGAGCGGGCAGAGCGGGCGACCCGUCCCAGAGUGGAGCCUGUGGGCAGGACGUCCACGCUGCUCAGCGGAGCCGAGGUCAGCGCCACCAUCAAGGUGGAGGUGCAGACGGGCGAGGAGCCCAUGGACAUGAGCGCCACCCCUAAGAGUGAGAUUAAGAAAGAAAAGCGUCCACCCACACCUGAUGAUGAUGAUGAUGAUGAUGUCAUCGUCCUGUCAGACAACGAGUCUCCCAGUCCACAGAUGAACGGCCACUUCAAGGAGUUGGACACGGACCUGUUGAUGAAGAGCAGUCCAGAGGAGCGGGAGCGCAUCAUUAAGCAGCUGAAGCAGGAGCUGCGUCUGGAGGAGGCCAAACUGGUGCUGCUGAAGAGACUGAGACAGAGUCAGAUGCAGAAGGACAGCCUCCCCAAGGCUGUGGGCUCUGGUUCUGUUGCUACUCCACCCCCUCUGGUGAGAGGAUCCUUCACAGCAGCCAAAGGCUCCCAGCAGGUGUUGUCAGGACGCAGCUCGGGGACGGUGAUCCCGCCUCCGUUGGUGAGAGGGGGCCAGCAGUUGUCCAAACAUGGCGCCCAGAACUCCCAGGUCAUCAUGCCACCCUUAGUCAGGGGAGCACCGCCCAUCUCUGUGUCCCCCCAGCAGCUGCAGUCUCUCCGCCAACAGCACCACCACCAUCACCACCAUCACCAGCAGCAGCACCAGCAGCACCAGCACCACCAGCACCACCAGCAGCAGCACUCGGGCUCCGCCCCCCCCCCUCUCAUGCUGGCGCCCCGUGCCUCCGUGCCCGGCGCCCAGGGCCAUAAGCUGCUCCAGGCGGGCGGCCUCAUCCGCGUGGCCAACGUGCCCACCACCAGCAUGCUCGUCAACAUCUCCCAGUCCAGCCCGACCAACAUGAAGUCGUCGCUAAGCUCCCAGUCGGCGGGCGGCAUCAUCGCGGGCAACCAUGCGGACUCCCCGGCGAGCCGCCAGGCGGCGGCUAAGCUAGCGCUGCGGAAGCAGCUGGAGAAGACGCUGUUGGAGAUCCCGCCCCCCAAGCCGCCCGCCCCCGAAUUCAACUUCCUGCCCUCGGCCGCCAACAAUGAGUUCAUCUACCUGGUGGGGCUGGAGGAGGUGGUGCAGAACCUAUUGGGCUCGGGGCGAGCCAAACAGGGCUUGCCAGUUGCCGUGGCGUCAGCGUCAACAUCAGCGUCAACAUCGUCGCGCGACCCUCUCACCUGUUCCCAGUGCCACACCGACUUCACCUGCCGCUGGCGUCGAGACAAGGGCGGGGCCACUCUGUGCGAGCACUGCAUGGCGUCCAAUCAGAAGAGGGCCCUGAAGGCGGAGCACACCAACCGUCUGAAGGCGGCGUUCGUCAAGGCCCUGCAGCAGGAGCAGGAGAUCGAGCAGCGCAUCCUGCAGCAGGCGGCCGCCGCCGCCUCUUCAUCAGCACAGACCUCCUCCUCAUCCUCCUCAGCCUCCAACGCCAUGCACCUGAUCAAGGCAGACCAGCUGGUGGCCCAGCAGAUGAAACAGCGCUCAUCUCUCCAGCAGCACCAGAUUAGCAGAGCCAACACCAACAUCGGCCGUCACCACGCCACCAUCAAACAGUCUCAAGGCUCUGGUCAGCUGUCUCGUAGCGGUGUGCAGUCGUCAGGUGUCGGGGUGCGUGGCGUGACCCACUCCUUCUCGCAUUCGUCUCAGCUGCAGAGUGCAGUGGCCGCCGCCGCCCUGGUGGCCAGGCCAGGUAAGCCCGCCUCCGCGCGCGCCAACGCCGGGGGGCGGAGCCACGGUAGCCACGGUAACGCCGCCGUGUGGAGGAAGCCCAGCAGCGUCACCUCAGGCGUCACCAUGGCCUACGUGAACCCCAGCCUGUCGGUACACAAGACCUCUUCCUCUUCCUCGGCCGUGGAGCGUCAGAGAGAGUACCUGCUGGACAUGCUCCCAUCCAGAACCCUCUCCCAGACCGCCAACACCUGGAAAUAAUCCCUGACUUCAUCAUCUUCAUCAUCUUCUUCUUCACAGCCCCCCAGCCCCCCCCACCCACCCCUCAGCUCGCGUCCUUCAUCUCCUCCGCUCUCUCCGCCUCAUCAGGAAAUGAUGUCAUGAUCUCCUCCUCUCUUCAGCUUGACAUUAUUGUAAGCACAGUCCUCCACCAUCCCACAAUCCUUUGCGCUCCUCAGAUGUUGGCUGCACCCUCAAACAGAGCUAGUGACGAGCUUCUGAGGCUGCACUGAUUCGCUUGCCCAUCCCCUCUGUUCUUGAGCAGGGAGGGGCUACACGUUGAAGGGGCGGGGCGUUGCUCCAGUCCCACCCACAUUUAUUUAGAUGAUUUUUUUUGUGUUUGUUUGUUUUGUUUGGGAGCGCAACCGUUUCCAUCGGUCAUCAUGGUCCCUCCCACACCUUGGGAUAUGAAUAUUGUUGUUAUGGGUUUUUUUUUCUACUGGAAUAAAAUGAAAUAAUGAUGAAAAAAAAAAUACAAUGACAAAAAAGACAUGACAAAAAGAUGAUCAAGGAGAAGUCUGAGAAAAGGAUUUAAAAUGGAAAACUGAUGAAAGAAAUAAAUAAAUAAAUGACUAAAGACUGU